CAGAUGGUGCCCGAUGGAGACCAAGAGGUCUCGACCUCGUCGUCCACAGCCGCUGCGGCGAUAGCGAGGGCGACGCUGCCGCCUAGGCCGGUGAGCUUCAAGAGGACCGCCGUAUGGCACCAGAUGAAGCACCGCCGAUUCCGCGGGGGCACCAAGAAGAUGGCCGUGGCCUCGUCGCCCGCCCAGGCGGUGGGGGAGGCGACCACUGCGGCGGCGGCCAUGAGGGCGCCGACGGAAAGCGAGCGGGACGACGAGAAGGGGCAUGUAUGGGGCAGCUGGAAGAGUGAGGAUGGAAGUAUGCAUUGUGGAUAUUCUAGCUAUAGAGGGAGAAGACAAACUAUGGAAGACUUCUACGACAUUAAAGCAUCUAAAACGGAUGCUAAAAGAAUAAACGUCUUCGGAGUAUUCGAUGGACAUGGUGGUUCAUGUGCUGCCAAGUAUCUCAAGGACCACUUAUUUGAAAACCUCCUGAAGCAUCCAGCUUUCAUUACUGAUACAAAAUUGGCAAUAAGUGAGUCCUAUAAGGAGACUGACGCAGAUUUCUUGGCUGCUGAAACCACUAUCUGUAGAGACAGUGGAUCAACUGCGUCAACAGCAAUUUUUGUUGGCAACCAUCUCUACGUGGCAAAUGUUGGCGAUUCACGGGCUGUAAUAUCAAAGGCGGGCAAAGCUAUUGCACUCUCCGAUGAUCACAAACCAGACAGAAGCGACGAGCGGGAACGGAUUGAAAAUGCUGGAGGAGUUGUUACAUUUAGUGGAACAUGGAGAGUAGGUGGUGUACUUGCAAUGUCUCGGGCAUUUGGUGACCGCCUGUUGAAGCAGUUUGUUGUUGCAGAGCCCGAGAUUCAGGAACAAGAAAUAGAUGAUGAACUGGAGUUUCUUAUUUUGGCUAGCGAUGGGCUGUGGGACGUGGUGCCAAAUGAGCAUGCUGUUGCAUUUGUGAAGGAGGUGGUAGGCCCUGAGGCUGCAGCCCGGAAGCUGACAGAGAUCGCUUAUAGACGUGGGAGCAGAGACAAUAUAACAUGCAUUGUUGUAGAAUUUCAUCGUGACAGUGUUGGCAUUGGUUCUCCCCCAUUAAGUGGCCAAAUUUGAUU